UGAUCGAACUGGUUACAAUCUUGGUGAAUUUCUCAAGCAUUUCUGUAACAGUAACUUUCACGUUUUCAUUUCAGGCAGUAACUCAGUCAUCUAAUAUUAUCAUUAUAUACAGAUACUUUUCACAUUUCGUUUAAUUCUUUUUACCGGUUGCAUUUUUAAACAUUAUAAUACUCGCAUUCCAUCAUUUGUUCGAUGUAGGUGACGACAGAGAUGCAAAGAAGAGAGAAGCCUUCGUACAUUUUCAAAUUUCCGCUCCUAAUCCUCCCCCUUGUCUCUGUCCCCGCGAGGAGGAGACUCAACUGAGAUUAUCAAGGUUUACACUCCCGAUUUAUCCUCUCAAGACUCUUCUAAGAACAAAAGCUCCUGUUCAGAAAGUCACCUCCUCCCGCUUCCUUAUUCCACCCAUUCCUUAAUUUAUUCGGACUUUUCCCGGAUCGAUCUGCUUCACAUAUUAAAAGCCUUCUUUCCCCUUAUAGCGGUUUUCAUCAGCUUCUUGGAAAGGAAAGGAAGACGCAUGUCUCUGUUCGCUUUUCAACUCCUUUGCUUCAUCUUGCUCUGCUCUGAAUGUUGUCACGGAAAAGGAGAGAAAAUAAAACCGCAGAAGACAAGAUUGUAUCUGGAAGACAUCCUUCCAGAAGACCAAUCAUCUUACGACAAAAUGAUUCCACCUAAACUCGAUGGACAGCCUACAAAAGUUUAUUUCCACGUAACAGUCAUGAGUAUUGAUUCCGUUAACGAGAAAACGAGCUACGGGCAGGAUGUUGAAAUCUACUCUGAGAGCACAAUCAGCAGUUUAAAUCUUGAAACAGGAGCGUAUUCUGGCACUUUUGCAACUGACAUAUUUUUUGCCCAGUCUUGGAAGGACCACAGGCUUCGUUUACCAGCAAACAUGACUAAAGAGUACAGAUUAUUAGACCUUGACUGGCUGGGUCAUCUGUGGCGUCCAGACAGCUUCUUCAAGAACGCCAAGGACGUGAGCUUUCACACGAUGACUAUUCCUAACCAUUACAUGUGGCUGUAUAAAGACUUCACUCUCCUUUACAUGGUCAAACUAACGUUAACUCUCGCCUGUGCAAUGAACUUUGCUGUCUAUCCUCAUGACACUCAACAAUGCAACAUGCAAAUGGAGAGCCUGUCCCACACCACCGACGACCUGGUGUUUGAAUGGGAUCCGUUGAUACCGCUCGUCGUCGACGAAGGCAUCGAACUUCCUCAGCAAAUGCUUUUGAGUAACUCGACAGCUGAGUGCACCCAAGUGUACUCUACAGGCAACUUCACAUGUCUGGAAGUGGUGUUAAAGUUAAAACGUCGCCUGGGCCACUUCGUCUUCCACACGUACCUUCCAACGUGCUUGAUUGUCAUCAUGUCGUGGGUUUCGUUUUGGAUUCGACCCGAAAUUGCGCCAGCGCGAGUGACUCUAGGGGUGACUUCCCUGCUGACGUUGUCCACUCAACACGCCAAGUCCCAGGCCGCUCUUCCUCCAGUCACUUACAUCAAAGCGAUUGACAUAUUCAUGUUUUCUUGUACUGUGUUUGUGUUCUUGGCUCUCAUGGAAUACGCUGCUGUGAGUGUCAUUUUGGGCGAUGACAACACCUGCAAGAAAAAGAAAGCUCUAGAGAUCCCUCCUCCCCCACCGCCCCCCAACCUAAGUGCCCUGAAGUGCGAUAGCCCCUUUCUGAAGGAGAUGGGAGGCCGCAUCCCCGAGAGCGUGUUGGCAAGAUGCCCGAAAGAAUCCUCUAACCAACCAGCGUACAAAGGCAAGGAUGCAAAGGCACGCCGACUUCGAGCCAUCAUGCUGGACCGCGGUUCUCGAUAUAUCUUCCCCGUUUCCUUCGCUGUUCUGAACUGCCUCUACUGGAUCACCUUCUGGGAGUAUCUUUGAUGGACCUCCCAAAGUUCUAGGGAAAUGCUCUACUUUUCUUUGUAAGAGUGAACUUCUGACUAAGAGAGAAGGUCAUGGAAGAGUAUUUUGAGCACAGAGGAAACUCGAAGCCCUAGUAGACUGGAGGAAAAAUGUUCAAAUUUCACUUCAGGGGGUACAGAAUGUUAGGAGCAGGCAUCCAUGUCAGCUAGUUGAUAUGACCCCUAAUGAACAUAUUUCAGGUGGAUGCCCAUUGAUUUAGGCCUUUUUUUAAUUUUUAUGCCAAAAACAAAAUGGCCGGACAAAUAGAAAUGUAUAAUUUGGAAAAUGUGUGAUAACUUCAAUUGUACUGAAGCUGCAGUUGUGAAAUUUGACAUAUAUCAUCGCAGCAAUACCAGUAAAGUGUUCAAAAAGUAUUAAGCCAUUCCAUAACGAAUUGAUAAAGUUAUAUACAGAUCAGUCACAAAAAUUUACAAAAAACACAAAGCUGGACUCGGUUAAUUUUCAAAUCAUGCGACUUAUCUUGACUCUCACUGUGGGUAUGCUUCUGCAGUUUGGUAUAUUUAACUCCAGUGAUACCAGUGAGAUGUCCUGCAAAUAUAAUGCCAAACUAUACAUAUUUAAAAAAGUUAUAUGCAUAUUUAUACAUAAUAGUCAGAUUUGACUAUUUAAAAAAAAUGGCCCAUAUGUUACCCUUAACCAAACAUGGUUCUGAAAUGUGCAUUUGUAUCUCAUUGAUACCUAUGAAUUAUCCUAAAUAUAUUGAUGCAAAGAUAUAUCAUCCCACACCAUAAUGGUUUGGUGAAGUACUUCCUCUUGGAAAGUCAGGGUCCUUGAAGGUCCCUCCCAAACUUCAUCAUUUGGAGAAAGUCACUCGUCAAUCUUCUCGAGAAGAUCCUAAAUUCACAGCCACCUUGAAUGAGACAAUGUUUACCGCAGAUGACCAGGUGUCUGACGAAGCUUCUGCCCUAGAUAUGGCCUGGAUUCUCUCUCGCAUCCAUGGCUCCAACAGGGACUAUGUGACAGCGUGGACCGGGUUCAAGCAAGUUACAACACAAGACAAACACGAGCUCUGCACAAUCGGGUAUUUGCCUCUCCU